GCGCGGGCCGGGGAGCUGGGGUGGGGGGAGGUGGGGAGGCGGGGAGGGGGCGGGGCUGCCCCGGGUCCCGCCCCCGCGCCGCCCGCGCUCCCACCGCCUCCCAGGAGCUGCGUCCUGUCCUGUCUAGUCCCGUUCCCGGCGCGGCCAGGCCCGCGCGCUUGCUCUGGCCGCCUUCCGCCGUCCUCGGCCCGCGCCAUGCCCAGCCUGUGGCCGUCCGGCUGGGCCCCGCUGCAGCCGCUCCUGCUGCUCCUGGUGGUGGCCGCGCGCGCCCUGCCCAGCGCCGACGGGACGUGCCCGGAGCGCGCGCUGGAGCGGCGGGAGGAGGAGGCGAACGUGGUGCUCACCGGCACCGUGGAGGAGAUUCUCAACGUGGACCCGGUGCAGCACACGUACUCGUGCAAGGUUCGAGUCUGGCGGUACUUGAAGGGCAAAGACAUGGUGACCCAAGAGAGCCUGCUUGACGGUGGCAGCAAGGUGGUGAUCGGUGGCUUUGGCGACCCCCUCAUCUGUGACAACCAGGUGUCCACUGGGGACACCAGGAUCUUCUUUGUGAACCCUGCACCCCCCUACCUGUGGCCAGCCCACAAAAAUGAGCUGAUGCUCAAUUCCAGCCUCAUGCGCAUCACGCUGCGGAACCUGGAGGAAGUGGAGCACUGUGUGGAAGGGUCGCACCCCCACUGUCUGUGUGGUCGUGUCCCUCUGGGUCCUCGUCCCUCCGGCUGUCUCUGUACGGAAGCACAAGCUGGCCGCACAGACAGGCCACGAGGAGAGGCCCCGUUCGGGGGCCCUGUGAAGAUGAGGUAGCCAGCGGUCCAGGAGGCUCAGCUGCCAGACUCGUGAGGGAAGCACCUCCGAAGGACCGUGACCUGAAGCUGCUAUUGCCACGUGCCACAUCUUCCCGGCUGCCCCUGAGUGUUCUGUUCUGGCUGUCGAUUCAGAGGAGGACCGUGUGGACUACGAUGUCUCAGGGCCAUCUGUUGCAGUCGUAACUGGGAGAGCUGGACCCAGGGAGAGUGGCCUUGUCCCCCCACCCACCCCUUCUUCCCUGUCCUUUGUCCUUAUUUUCUCUAGCAUUUACAAAGGCUCGGUGGCUUUGAACCCUG